AUGGUAGUGUUGGCAGCAGAGACAAUUGGUGGACUCUCUAGCAGAAGUGUGGGAAAGUGGAAGUUUUCAGUGAAAGUCCGUCAGGCUGCUGAGGUACAGCAGGAGGAUCUGCUGUUCUUCAGCACGGAUCUCCAAAGUUCUGUGCUGAAAAUUAGCAGUUUUCUUGAAAAAGAGUUGAGUGAAGAGGAUCUGGAUGCUGUUGUAAAGCAGGCUGCAUUUGAGAACAUGAAGCUUGAUCCACAAGCAAAUUAUGAUCAUAUUAUAAAACUUAAAAUGAAGCCAAGAACAAAGGAUGGACAUUUUCUUCGCAAAGGUACCGUUGGAGACUGGAGGAAUCGCCUGACUGUGGCACAAAAUGAAAGAUUUGACAGAAUAUUCCAAAAGAAGAUGAAAGACUUUCCCUUGAAGUUCAUCUGGGAUAUAGAUGAGGAGUAG